ACGUGUUUCGCCUUGAAACCCUGAAACAAGGUUUUGGAAAAUUCGCCGGCCUUUUUACUAGUUUGUCGAGCAAACAUGCGUUCGAAAGGUAAACAUGCGGCUCGGAAGCGUCGGGAGAAAGCGAGCGAAAACAAUAGCACCCACAUCGAACACGCGGAUGAAGAGGCGAAUAGCGAUGGUUUCCGUAAGCAAAAUUACACUAAAACGGGUCUCCGUAAGCGCAGCCGGGCGUUUAAUUACCGCCAGCAUCGUAUCAUUGUUCGCAAUAUAUCGUACAAACUUACUGAAGCAAAGCUCCGCAGUGAAUUUGAGCGCUUCGGAGAGCUGGAAGAGGUAAACAUAUUGAAACGACCGGACGGAAGGUUAGUCGGAUGUGCGUUUCUGCAGUUUUGCCGAAAAGAAGAAUCGGAACGCGCGGUGCGCGAGAUGGACGGGGAAGUGUUUAUGGGACGAAAACUAGAGGUUCGGUACUCGCUGGACAAGUCUACCUUCGAGCGGGGUAAACACGCAAAAGAGAUCAAACCGGAAGAGGUGAAGGAAGAAAACGGAAGCGACGGUGAUGGGGACGUUCAGGUUAAGGAGGAGAGCAGUGAUGAUGAAGAGGAUAGCGAUUGCGAUGCUGAAGACUGCAACGAGGAUGAGCACACAGAAGAGGAAGUCGAAGAAAGCAGCGAUACGGAGCAGGAAGACGAGAAACCGGAACUGCCCCUUAAAGGUGCCGUGAAGCGCGAGAGGAAGCCCCACAGUGAGCUUGAAGAAGGUCGCACGGUGUUUGUUAAGAACCUACCGUUCGAUGUGACCGCGGAAGAGCUGAAAGAUGUAAUGUCGCAGUUCGGCAUUGUGGAGCAGGUCCUCAUCAACAAGGAACCCAUCUCGGGACACUCGAAAGGAUCAGCAUUUGUAAUUUUCAAACUGAAAGACUCGGCCCAGAUGAGCUGCCGGCAAAGCUUCAAGUUGCAGGUGCACGAUCAGUUCAUUGAAAUUCUGGAAGCAUUGCGCAAGAAGGAUGUCAGCGAGCGGGAAAAGGCACGAUUGGGUCGUCAAGCCAAGGAUUCGCGCAAUCUGUACCUGCUGAAGGAGGGCCUUAUCAUGGCCGGUUCGCCGGCGGCCAAAGACGUUUCCAAGCCGGACAUGGCGCAAAGACUGCGGCUGGAGCAGCGUAACAAUGAGAUGUUGAAAAACUACAAUCGCUUCGUUUCGCGCGAAAGGCUAACGAUACACAACAUACCGGAACAGUUCACAAACGAGGAUUUGCGAAACAUGGUCCUAAAGAUCACAGCGCACAAGCCGAGCGAGUGUCGCGUCAUGCGCGACACGCGUCCCACUUUCGGCAACCCGACGGGACGGUCCCGUGGGUACGGCUUUCUGUCGUUCAAGCGGCACGAAACGGCACUGGAGGUGCUGCGUAAGCUCAACAACAAUCCGGCCGUAUUCGGGCGAAACCACCGUCCGAUCGUUUCGUUCAGCAUCGAAGAUCUCAAGGUGCACAACAUCAAGCAAAAGCGAUUGGAAAAGUCACGCAUGAACAACCCGACGUACCAGAAGAAGAUGGAGGAGCUACGCCACAGGAAACAACAAAAGCUGCUCACCAAGAAGGAAAGCAAGCGAUUGGCAAUGGAAAAGCUGGCCGUAGCUCCCAGUGCCGUGUUGCAGAAGCUCAACAACCCAAAAGCUACCAGCGACGUCCCUGCAGGACCGCGGAAGAAAGAUCGCAAACGGGACGCGGAAAAGAUGGUCACACCGUUUACGGGCGAGCUGUCGAAGAAGGGUAAAGCGGGUAUUCGGUCGAAUCGUAAGCUGGUGUCCCAAGCGGAUGCCCACAUGCAACGCUUGAAGGAGGAGCGCAAGGAGCAGAAAAAGAAGCGUCUUCGGCAGGAGCACGACCGCAAUCGCAAGCUUAAGGCUUCGCGCAAGGUUACGCAGAAAGUCAACCUGGCGGAGCUGCAAAAAGAGGACAGCUACUUCAAUGAAACCGUUGGCAAGUAUAAGAAUUUGAUAAAUCAAGCCACCAAACGAGAAGCGAGAGGCAAAUGGUACGGCGAAUAA